AUGCAAGAGGGACACUACAGCUCCCUCAGCUUCUUCUCCUCCUUCUACACCUCCCUCGGCAUCUUCUCCUCCUUCUACACCUCCCUCGGCAUCUUCUCCUCCUUCUACACCUCCCUCAGCAUCUUCUCCUCCUUCUACACCUCCCUCAGCAUCUUCUCCUCCUUCUACACCUCCCUCAGCAUCUUCUCCUCCUUCUACAUCUUUUCAGUGACGUAA